UAUUCCAGGUGAGUCGUGUGUGAACGUGAACGUGAGCGCAGGAAACAGGCUGCGCUUGCCCAUAACGGAGGUGGCACACUUUGCGUAAUAGGGAAGUAAUCACUUUCUGCUGCGUUUUUAAAACUAGUGCGGCUCGGCCGUCUCGCUGUGAAUUAUUCGAAGCUCAAAGUCAGUUUCUCCAAAGUUCAAACGACUAGAGGCGACCAGGCUUUCAAGACCGACAGCAGACACACAUCAGCGAUGGACAGCGUCAAGAAUAUUCAGUAAAAAUAUCCGGACUUGUAACUCACAUAUGAUACACAAGUGGGGGAAGAGGACACCAUAACAGCUUUACAUGUUUUUUAAAAAAUGAGCUGUUGAUAUUUAGUCGAAGCUCCUGCUUGACCAUGGCCCAGUGGACACAGAUGCAAAUGCUGAUUCAGUACCUGCCUGAUCAGACAAUCAACGAGCUCUAUUCUGCCACUACCUUUCCCAUAGAAGUCAGAUAUUUUUUGGCUGACUGGAUUGAGGAACAGAGAUGGGAGGACUUCGAAGUGGACAAUGUGGACCAGAAGGUGCAGGCCGAGUCUCUGCUGGAACAGAUCAUCGCCAAGCUGCAGACGAAGGCUCAGGAGAUAUCCAACGUGGUGGACAAGAUGAAGCUGAUGCAGAUCAGCAGGCACAUGAGCAUGUUCAGCUCGCAGCCUCUGCAGUUUGCCACGAUGGUCAGAGACAUCCUGAGGAAGGAGAGGGUCCUGCUCAGCACGGCUUCCUCCCAGAUCCCCAACCUUCAACAAUUCCCCCACUUCUCAAGUAGAGAGGUGGUCUCCACUGCUCCCAACAUGCGGGACGUGGAUCACCUGGUCCUGAAGGUGCUGGAGCUGCAGGAGUGCCGGAAGAGAAUCCAUCACCUGCAGGAGGAGCUCAACUGGGAGAGACAGAACUUUGAGUCUUUACACGGUCCGAUCCAACAGAAUGGACUGGACCCACAAAACUCUGAACUGCAGAAAAUUCAGACCCACAUCCAGCAGCUGGAGUACAAUGUGAAGACCAUUGCCAAGAAUCGAUUCCAGCUGCUGCAGGAGACAGUGGACUGUCUGGACCAGUGUCAGGCGCGUCUGAUCAGCAGGCUGAAGGCGUGGAGGUGGGAGCAGCACCAGGCCACCAUUGGACUUCCCUUUGACGACAACCUCAGUCCCCUGCAGACCUGGUGUGAGCAGCUACUUGGGGUGAACGGAAAGCUGAGACAGGAAGUGAUGCUGAUGGGAGAACCGAUCCCAGAGCUCCAGGAAAAACUGGCGCGGCUCCUGCAGGCUCUGAUUCAAAGCUCUCUGAUGGUGGACAAGCAGCCCCCUCAGGUUAUUAAGACUCAGUCGAAGUUCUCCACCACUGUGCGCUACCUCCUGGGGGAGAAAGUGGCUCCGGGGAAGCCUGUGAUGGUGAAGGCGCAGAUCAUCACUGAAAUGCAGGCCAGGAGUCUGGGCCAAAUGGGCACUGUACCCAGCGAGAACGUCGGGGAGCUGAUCAACAACUCGGCCAUCUUAGAGCACAACACAGCCAGCAAGAGCACAUGUGCCACUUUCAGGAAUAUGUCCAUCAAGAAGAUCAAGAGGGCGGACAGAAAGGGAUCGGAGUCUGUGACGGAGGAGAAGUUUGCUCUCCUCUUCUCGGCAGAGAUCACCAUCACAGGCUGCGACAAGCCCUACAAGAUACAGAUGAUCUCGCUGCCGGUGGUCAUCAUUGUCCAUGGUAGUCAAGACAACAAUGCUCUGGCCACCAUCAUAUGGGACUGUGCCUUUUCUGAACCAGACAGAAUCCCGUUCGUGGUGCCGGAGCGCGUGCCCUGGAAGAGGAUGUGCAUGAUCCUCAACAGCAAGUUCACCUCUGAGAUCCAGACACAGCACAACCUGGACCAGUACAACCAGCACUUCCUGGCCCAGAAGAUCUUUGACAAGCACGACAUCUCCGGGGACUUCAGUAACAUGAUGGUGACCUGGGCCCAGUUUAAUAAGGAGGUUCUCCCAGGGCGGCAGUUCACCUUUUGGCAGUGGUUUGAAGGAGUGAUGGAACUGACCAAGAAGCACCUGAAGACCUACUGGUCUGAUGGGCUGAUAUUUGGCUUCAUCGGGAAGCAGCAUCUACACCUGAUCCUCAAAGACCGGCCCAACGGGACGUUCCUGCUUCGCUUUAGUGACUCUGAGAUCGGAGGCAUCACGAUCGCUUACGUGUCUGCUUCAGAGAACGGGGGACAGAAAAUCCAGAACAUUCAGCCCUUCACCAAGAGAGACCUUGACAUCCGUUGCCUUGGCGACCGCAUCCGAGACAUCGACCACAUCACAUUUCUGUAUCCCGAAUAUCCUAAACAUGAUGUUUUCAAAAAAUACUACACAGAGACGGACGACCAUCUACCUUCACCCAACCGUGGCUACAUCCGUGUGUCACUUCAGACUAAAGUGGGCGUGGAAGCUGGCUCAGCCUCACCCACUGUCUCCAGUUUGCCACCUCACAGUGACAAUCCUCUCAACCUUGGCUAUCCCGUGCAACAGUUCCAGCAGUCUUUCUCCGCAGACUCGCUGGUUGAUGGGAACCCCACUCCUCCCGUGGAGUUUGCCAGCCCCAACCACGCUGCUGUCUUCAAUGAGAGCCCGCAUCAGAAUAUGGAUAUAGAUUUUAUUCUGAGUACCUUGGAGGAUUAGGAACAAACCAUGUGGGAGGUGAAACAGCAUCUUUAGACUCUGGAUUCUGGCAAGAGCCAAGCCAAACUCUCUUCUUUUCCUUACCUUGUGAUAAAAAAAUGACUAUUUUGUGUUUGCACACACGAGUUUGUGCCAUUGUCGUAUUAACUCAAGGGAGACACGUCUAACUUCUAGGAGACUCGAGAUGCUGAGCCCGUGCAACAAGAAGUGGACGAAACAUUUUGCGGACAAUGCACAGCAUGAGACUGAGAGCAAGCCUCAGUGAAACCGACCAAAUGGUCACACUCGUCAGACAUCCGUGCCUUAAUCUACGCCUUAAAUCCUGUUUUUUUCCUCACAUCCUCCUGAAUUCACAUGUAUUGUUUUCUUAUCUGUUUAUACUACAUUCCUUGGAUUUAUGUAAGAUACAAGCGAGUUACUGUAUUAAUUUCGGCGCUUCUCAAAAAUGGAAAACAUCAGAUGGUGGUGAUGGAGUGGUGAGAUGACGUAACCAGCUGAUUGACAGCUGCCAAAGACGCUUUUGAGUUGAUGGAACGUGCAUGUGAGACUUUGAAACCUGUUGCAUGUUUUGUUUGUGAUUAUACAGUCAGGUGAUUUUGAAUAGAACAGUAUUUUCCAAUCCUACAUAACUUUGUCAAUAAAAGCCUGGUUUAGCAAUAGCUGAAGUAUUUUACACACUGAAUCAUAUGGAGCAGGAGGAGGAAAAUGUCCAUGCAACACCAUAAAGAAAGGGACAUGAAUCUCCCCCUUACUCUCUCUGUUGAUUUACUCCACUUAUUUGGCAGCAGUGAGGACGGUGAUGGUGGUGAUAAUGUUGACAUUAAUAUCUGUUUUUGUGUAUCAGUCAGGUGUAUUCUGCAUUUUCUAUUGGUUUCUGUUAUAUUUCUCUCUCUAUUUUAAUCUUUUUAUAGCUAAUCUCAGUAAAUAAUUUGACAUGGAGCUUACUCAGUAUGUACUAUGAGCUAGUUCUCGAUUAAAAAAAUGUUUUUCUUAAGGGAAUUUUCCACAUAUUUGUAAUUUUUAUUUUUCUAUUUUUUCUAUAAUAUUCAUAUUCCUGCCUGUUGCAGUUGUGCAGUAUGUCUGUCUUCAGUCCUAACUUUGUUACAGUGAAAUGAUCAAAAGGAUAUUAAAAGCAUUCCUCACUUAUUCUUGAA